GGUAGUGUUAUAAUUCAAUUUUGGUCGAAUUUAAUUAAUAUUGUUGUACCAAUGAAUAAAUCUCAAUCAUAUAAUUUACCCGGGAUAGAAUACUUCGAUCAAAAGAAGUAUUUCUACUUGAUUCUGUUGCACAUAUCUGUAACAAUUUGGAUCGGUAUGAUUAUAAUAGUAGCAAUAGGUACAAUAUUUAUUACUUACAUUCAACAUACCUGUGGAAUGUUUAAAAUUGCUAGAACACAACAUUUGUAGCUAUCGUAUUGAGCAUGCAAUGAAUAUCAAUAUAUUGCAAAACAUUACGCUAAAAAAUAAGAUUUUGAUGACUGAGGGCAUAAUAUAUGCAGUCAACAUUCACCGGCAAGCUAUGAAGUUUGUAUUUACGUCAACAAUAUUCAGGCAGUAUAUUUUGUAAUAUUUUUUGUUUUUGAAGAUUGAAUAAGCACUUAAUGUCAGUAUUGGAGAUCAUGAUACUUUGUUUAAUAGUGUGUGGUGUAAUUUGCGUGAGCAUCAAUCUAUUUCAAAUCAUCUGGAUUGCAUCAUCUGGAUAUCAUUUUAUGGAAUUGUGUUUUCCCGUUAUGUUUGUAAUUGCUAUUGUCUUGUACAUGUUUAUAUCCAACUAUAUUGGACAGAAUAUAAUAGAUCAUAAUAGUCACGUAUUUUCUACUGCAUACAAUGUGCAGUGGUAUAGAGCCCCCAUACACAUACAAAAGAUGAUAUUAUUCCUGUUACAAAAAGAAACCAAGGAGUUUGCUUUAAAUUUUGGUGGAUUAUUUAUUGCAUCUAUGGAAGGUUUUGCCACGCUGGUUAAAACUUCGGUAUCUUACUUUACUGUCAUAUAUUCUACACGAUGACGAAGCAAGUAUGUGAAUUUAGUAUCAGUAUGGUAAAAUUAUCAUUAACGAAAAAGCAACAGUAUUCAUA